CGCUUGCGCAGUGCAGCGGGCUGUAGGACGUAUGUACAAAUCCGGGUGGACGCUUUCAGGAUGAACCCAUUAACCAAAGUGAAGCUGAUCAACAAACUGAAUGAGCGUGAAGCAGAGCUGGGAGUGAAGGACAAGGUCUCUUGGCACGCAGAGUAUAGUGACAGCGCCUGGGUGUUUGUGGGGGGGUUGCCAUAUGAACUGACUGAAGGGGACACUAUCUGUGUAUUUUCACAGUAUGGAGAAAUUGUGAAUAUAAACCUGGUACGUGAUAAAAAGACGGGGAAAUCCAAAGGUUUCUGCUUCAUAUGCUACGAAGAUCAGCGAAGCACUAUCCUUGCAGUUGAUAACUUGAAUGGGAUAAAGAUAAAAGGAAGGACAAUUCGUGUGGACCACGUGGCCAACUACCGCCCACCCAAAGAUUCUGAGGACAUUGAUGAGAUUACAAAGGCUCUCCGAGAGAAAGGAUGCGGUAUUAAAACCCCUCCUCCAAGUUCAGCUGAAUCCUCAGAAGAUGAGGAAGUGCAAGUAAAAAGGCACAAGAAAGAGAAAAAGAAGAAGAAGAAAGAAAAGCAAGAGCACCGGAAACAUCUGAAAGAGGAGCCUGCUACAGGUGUGCUUUUCCCCAAAUCCAAGAUUAAAGUGGAAAAAGAGGACCCGGACUAUGAACGUUACGCUGGGACAAACCAGGAAACCUGGGGCAGCGCAUCUGGGCACCGCCAGCAAAGUAGGAUGCCACAAGGACAAGAGCUCAGAUACGAGAGCGGGACAGAGCGACCUCAAGAAAGAGGGUCAGAAAGAGACAGGCACGAACGCAGAACACUCUUAAACGAGGAAAAGCACAAGAAAACAGAGGGCAUGAAAGAUAGGCACUGCUCAUCAGGAAGCAAAUUGCGUGAUCGUUCAGAAAAUAGAGACAAGCCUCCCCGGGAGAAAUCCUCAAAUCGUUAUUAAUUCAACUGCUGUGUAUGUUCUCUCUCUGCACACACGAGGAAAGGCUGCUGUAGGCUGUGUGCUCAGAACAUUGGCUCUAUGAAAUGUAGUAGACAGGGCAGACAGCACAAUGUUAAAAUUUGAAAAUGCAAGGGGA